GAAAGUUUUGGUCUUCCCUUUGGAUGGAAGUCACUGGGUCAACAUGAACAUCAUCGUAGAAGAGCUUCACGCCAGAGGCCAUGAGGUCACCGUUUUGCGACCAUCAGAUGCCUGAGAUGUACCAACUGACCCUGUUGACCCUGGCAGUGUUGCUCUGCUCGUCAUCCCCGGUAAAUGGAGGGAAAGUCUUGGUGUUCCCAGUGGACGGAAGCCACUGGAUCAACAUGAACGUCAUCAUCGAAGAGCUUCACGCCAGAGGCCAUAAAGUCACAGUGCUGCGACCUUCAGACACCUGGUACAUCAAGCCUGACUCCCCUCACUACAAGGCCAUUACCAUAAAUUUGUCAGCUGGAUUCGACAGGCAGAACUUUGGGUCAUAUGUCAUGAAAACAAUAAACAUGAGGCGUCAUGGUUCUUCAGUUUGGUCUCGCAUUUCCCUGGAAUACGAUCUAUUGCAAACCUUUUAUCAAAUGGGUAAGCAAGUGCUUCAAAUGGUGGAAGGUAUUUUUGAGGAUAAAGCACUAAUGCAGAGCCUCCGUGAUGCCAAAUAUGAUUUGGUUCUUACUGAUCCAGCAAUUGGUGGAGGAGUUCUUCUGGGUCACCGUUUAGGUCUUCCGCUUGUCUUUAAUGUCAGAUGGACGAUUCAGGGAGAGGGGCAUCAAGCUAUUACACCUUCCCCUCUCUCCUACAUCCCUGUACCAGGAUCAGAGGUGACUGAUAAGAUGACCUUUAUGCAGAGGGUCAAGAACUUCCUCUACUACAUCUUUACAUGUUUCCAAAUUUGGUACGUUGUGGAACCAAGCUACAAACCUUUUGUCCAUCGUCACUUUGGCAGUGACAUAUAUUACAUGGAGCUGUUUCAAUCAGCCGACAUCUGGCUGAUGAGAAACGACUUCACCUUUGAGUUUCCACGACCAACAAUGCCAAACAUCAUCUACAUGUCAGGAUUCCAGUGCAAACCCUCCAAACCUCUCCCCAAACAACUGGAGGAGUUUGUACAGAGUUCUGGAGAACAUGGUGUCAUUGUGAUGACAUUGGGGACAUUGGUAGAAAAACUCCCUGAGGACAUGGCUGAGGACAUUGCUGCUGCUUUUGCUGAGCUUCCCCAGAAGGUGAUCUGGAGGCACAAAGGAAAGAAACCAUCCACCCUUGGCAACAAUACCCUAAUCUUGGACUGGUUACCCCAAAAUGACCUGCUUGGCCAUCCCAAAACCAAAGUGUUUGUGGCUCAUGGAGGCACCAAUGGAUUGCAAGAGGCCAUCUAUCAUGGCGUUCCCUUGGUUGGCUUGCCCCUCAUGUUUGAUCAACAAGACAACUUCUUCAGGAUGGCAUCCAAAGGAAUUGCCAAAGUCCUGGACAUUGCAGAACUAAAUAAAGAUGUCUUCUUGGAGGCUCUGAAGGAGGUUCUCUAUGAGCCUUCAUACAGAGAGAAGAUGAAGGAGCUGUCCAGCCUCCACAGGGAUCAGCCCAUGAAACCUCUGGAUCGAGCCAUGUUCUGGAUCGAGUUUGUCAUGAGGCAUAAAGGAGCGGCCCAUCUGAGGACUGAGUCCUACAAGAUGUCCAUGAUCCAGUACCACUCUGUUGAUGUUUUGGCAUUUCUGUUGGCAAUUAUUCUGCUGCUCUUAACUGUUUUUAUUUCUGUAGUGAAGUGUUUAUGGAGGAGAGUAUUUCAUCAAAGCAAAGCCAAAAAGGAAUAAUUAUCAUGACCAUAAACAUCUUUACAUGCACUUCAAGCAUAUUACAACAAAAAGAUUGUAAUACAUGAAAACAAAUAGGAUUGUGUAACUGAAUGGGCUGACCUAAAUUUGUUUAAUCAUUAUUUUAGGACAACUAGAGUAUAGGUUAGAAAUCUAUCUACCUUUCUUCAGUCACAGAAAGGAAUGAUGGUAAAAACACAGAUUUCUGUUGAUGAUACUUUUCUCUAAAGUCUACAUAUAAAAGUUCUGUUUCUGUGUUUAUAAUAUUUAUAAUUUAUAUUCUAAUUUCUAUUUCUGAGAAGCGUGAAGCUCUUCAUCAGAUCUCAUUUUGAUAUAUAAAUUUGUAUAACUAAGUAAACCAUGGUAAUUUUGCAUAACAGGAAUAAUCAAAGGUUUCAUUGGAAGAUGGUGUUGUAAUUAUAAUUUAUUGGUUCAAUAGGGGAAAAAAUGCCUAAAGUUUGCAGCAUUGAUAAUUAAGUGACAGGUUUAGGUUAAUUAUUAAUGUUUUUGAAUAAAUUUUGUUAUUCUAUAGAAACUGCA